AUGGCUCCUGCUAAAGUGGAUAGUACAAAAAAGGCCGAUCCAAAGGCUCAGGCCUUGAAGACUGCGAAGGCUGUGAAAGCAGGCUCUUCAACAAUCAAGAAGAAAUCAAAGAAGAUCAUAACAAAGGUUACAUUCCACAGGCCCAAGACAUUGAAGAAGGACAGAAACCCCAAGUAUCCACGCAUCAGUGCUCCUCCAAGGAACAAAUUGGACCACUACCAAAUCCUCAAAUAUCCUUUGACCACUGAGUCUGCUAUGAAGAAGAUUGAGGAUAAUAAUACCUUGGUUUUCAUUGUUGACAUCCGUGCUGACAAGAAGAAGAUCAAGGAUGCAGUAAAGAAGAUGUAUGACAUUCAGACCAAGAAAGUGAAUACUUUGAUCAGGCCUGAUGGAACCAAGAAAGCCUAUGUUCGGUUAACUCCAGAUUAUGAUGCUUUGGACGUGGCUAACAAGAUUGGUAUCAUCUAA